CCCGCUCCCCCUCCUCUUUGUUAAGGGGUGAUCCCUCUCCCUUAUUUAUUUUGCGCUGCCUUAAUAGAGCCGCCGGUGCCGCGUUUGAGGUUUGCGCGGCUCAUAUUCUUACCCUGUAGCAGCAUGUUUGUCUUCGCUCAGCCCUUCUUUUGUGUCUUAUGAUAGGUCUAGCUCUGCAAUGUUUUGUUUUGGUUUUUCCUUUUCGGUGAGUAGAUAUCACUGGUUUUUCCCUUGCUCCGCUGCGUAGUUUCAGAAUUCCUGAAGGAUUAUUAAAGGAUGUGAGGUUAAGCCGAGAAGUCCAGUUAAUGGUUACUGAUGGGUAGAGCUGAGUUGGCUUAAUUGCUGAGGCAGUGCUUAAUUUCAACAUCCAGGCCACAAACCUCACUGAUUAUAGGGACUCAUCUAAUUAUAACAGACCUUAUAAACUAGUGCACUAUUUAUGUUAAACAUUUACAGGAGGCGUCUUUUGCCCUUCUGAACCCACAGGUAAUCCCUAUUUAUUGCUCUCCCCUUGCGUCUUCAGGCCGUCGAACAGGUUUCCACGUCUGCUGGAUCCACUGUGACGAAUACUUUGCAGCAGAAGCCUGCUAAGCCGCCAGCCAUUUAUUGGAGAGUUCUGCAAAGCAGGUGCCAAACGGAAGCCGGCUGUUGGCCAACUAGGGUCCAACUCGAGCACGUCCAUCCCCUCUGGGCUCUUCCUCAUCCCACUGGAUGCUUAAUGGGAGCGAUGGCAGCACAAGUGGGAGCCGCCGCUGCCCUCGCGUCCUUGACCAGCAUCGCCGGACUUCAGAAGGGGACCUCCGUGCUGCACCACACCUUGGUCGGCUCCCUUUCUGAUACGAGCCUCAAGUCCGCCGAGCACCCGAGCGCUCUGUCCCCGCCGGUUCUGGAGAAGAGCAGCAAAUUUGGGAGCCCCGUGAGGCCGGCCACCGUGCCUCCAGCGGCAACCGGGCCACGUUUAACUCCCAAGCCGUUUUCCAGGGAGACAUCUUCAGACACUUUUGCGGGAGUGAAGCCUCCCGUCACAGCACUCAAGCCCAGCAGCGUGGCCCCCAAGUCCCCCACAUUUGCCAAAACCUUUGGGGAUGCAACCACCCCUAAGGGGUUAACGGGAAAUAUUCCACCACUGGUUGACCAGAAAUCAAUCGAGAACAGAAGCACCAAGGAUUUCGUUGCAAAUAUGCCCUUCUAUUCCAGUCCCCUUGCAAAUACAGUCAUCCUCUUUAAUACUGGGAACACCGAGAAAGCCGGCAUGAAGCUGGCUGCCGAGAGGACAUUUAGCACUUUACAGGCCCAAGAGGGGCCGGUUCCCUCCGCUGUUUCAGAACCGCCCUUCAGAAGGCCCGAGAGUGCCGGCAUUCAGAGGCAGUUGUCUCUCUCCUCAGAGCCCAGGUCUCUCUCCUGGAACCUGCACCGAUCCCUCGAAAUGAAAGACACCUUUUCCGGCGCUACUGAGGAAAGGGCUAAAAAUGUUGAGAAGGAUCUGAGGAACAGCAGCAUUAACCUGGUCGGUGAAGUGCAGCCGAGACCAAAACAGAGACCAGUGUCUGCCAUCUUUCUGGAAUCAGUAAAAGAUCCAAAGCAAAGCACUCCCGACAUUCCUGAUGAAAAAUCACUUCCCGAGAAAUCGUGGGUUCGCAAACCUAGGCCGCUUUCUGUGGAUCUCACAGCAAAAUUUGAAAACCGAGACCUUUCUGCGCAAAGGAAAUCAUGCCCACCUGAGAGCAAGGAGAGACCCCUCACUGCCCACCUUGCGGACACCCUCGGCAGCAGACCCUCCGAAAUGGGGGCAAAGAGCGAAGCGGCAGAGUCAAGCACAGCCGAUGCCCCAAGAUCAUACUUGAAAAGCACCGUUCCCGUCGCCAACUCCCAGUCUGCGAAAAGCGACGCCGCUACCCACAUCCAGACGCCCUCCCCAAACGAGGCUGCACCUUUGGGCUGGAACACUCCAAAAGACACGGGUCAAGUCUCUGCAAAGGACCGAAAGUUCUUGUGGGAGCAGAGGCUUAAAGGUCAAGAUGAAGACAACGACGCAGAAGCUGAUUCUGCAGGCGUUUCAGAAAAAAGCAAGGGACUGCCCGACAGUAAAGGUUGGUGUGUGAAAGAGAAGGCAGCGUUAAGUCAAAGGGAUACUUGCACGGUUAGUAAAGAUGCAGCGAGCACCUCAGACCCGGAAAACAAGUUCUCAAGAGGAGGCAGUGUUAAAAAGCCUCUUAAUUUCCUGGGUACAUUAACAAAUGGUGUGGCUUCAGGGAAUGCCGACUCUCGCCCAGAAAGCCCUGGAAAGGAAAAGAAGAGUAUGAACAUCCAGCAGAGAAUCAAAGAACUGACCACAGAAAAUACAGAUGGCAAACCGGCAAAUCGCCGGUCAUAUGCGUCACGCCCUCUUUCUGCAGACUUGACAAAGCUGUUUUCCAGUCCUGUGACUGCUGCCGAAAUGAAAUCUGAGAAAAAACCGGAAUUGAACAGGAUGCUGCUUAGUGACAUGCAAGAAGUUCAAGAGAAUGAGCCACAGCUGCUGCGUGGAGCGGAUUCAAGUGAAACCCGGGCAGCCGGAAGUCCACAGAAGCCGCAACAGCUCAGCAGAGCCGCCCGUGCAGGAGGGCCGCUCGAGAAAGAAGGCAGCCUUCUCAAAGGGAGGGAACCUGUCGCUCCACAGGGAGAAAGCCCCGCUUCAGUCGCAAGCCACGACGCGAAAGUGUAUUCCACGCCUCCCACGGCAGAAAAAGCAGCAGGCAUUAAAACGGUCCGAGCGACCCUUUUUGAGCACAGCGUCCAGAGGCACAGCGUCAGCGUCAGCCUCUCGGGAACGGAGCUGACCUCGCAGCCGUGGAAGGAGACCGUUGGGAGGCCGCUGGGGCACCGCAAGGAGCUGUGGCCGGAGGGAGAGUCAGACGCUCAAGCGACCUCCAAGAAAGUGCCGUUCAGGCAGGGCGAUCUGUCACCGGAUGCUGACAAACCCUGGAAGAGAGACUCUUCAAAUGAAGAGAAAGCCCUCAAGGCAGCAGCAACAUGUGAGAAAUUCACUGCGAAGGGGAAGUACGAAAAGCACACUUCAAAGCAGAUCGAGGACUCCUUAAUGUACCAAAGAAUAGAACCGAGAUAUGAAAUUCUCCAGACAGUUGGUGACAGGGUGCAAAGCGAGGCUGUUACAGCCGUCCCAGAAAAUGAGGCCAUGCCUCUGCGCAGCCGGAGAUCUUUGAGGAGGAGAACCGAAGGGAGUGCCACAGACGCCGCUUGGGCACGUAGCCUUGAUAGUAAAAGCGGCAACCGGGCAAAGGAUGGCUUCGUUCCUGAGCCAAAAGCCGCGGGUGAAACGGCCGGCAAGACGGCCUUCUUGGAAGAACUUUAUGGCUCCUCAAGUCCGCACGCUUUCCUCAGGCAGGUGCCCAAGCUGGACCAACCUCAGACGGGACAGCAGCAGGCACCUGUGAAAGCGCCGUACUUGCAAAGUAGAAACAAGAACUCUGAGACAGUGGAUGACAAAGGCUCUAAGCAGCCUUCGGAAGCAGAGCGAGAGAAAAGGGAAGCUGUCCUCGCUGGUAAGUUAGACAGUUCCAGAAUCCUGAAACACUUCCCGGAGAAUCUAGGGGUGGCCCCAGGCAGGACAGAUGGCUGCGAAGCCGGAGUGAGCACUGGCCAGGAUGCGGCUGCGUCCGUGGCCAGUGAGCCCGAGAGCCGCCCUUCACCAUGUGGCGCAAGCCAGUGGCACAAAUUCAGUAACAGAACAAGCCCUCCAGGUGCGGACCCCGCGAGAACUUACGAGCAAGAAGGAGCGAAGGCGUUUGGGCUGAAGACGUUCCCAGCCACUUACGUUGCACACGAAGAGCUGACCGCUUCGGACCGCAGAGCUGAAGGAGACCAGCUGCAGCGGCCGGAUGCCGAAGGAUGGGGCAGGAGGAGCGGCCGCGCUCUGUCUGGGACAAAAGCUUCCGAGAGGUGGCGGAGAAAAACCUUGCCUCACGACGCCAUCAGGUUUGAGGAGGCGACGGAGCCAGCGUGGGAGAGUGCGAAAUCGCUGAGCAGGAGGGACUCCUUGCAGCUGCGUAAUGAUUUUGCUGCUAAGGGGGGCCUGAGACUCAGAGAUGGAGCAGAGCCACGGGCAGGCAGCUUCUGGGGAGUGGCCAGCAGUCCGAAUCGCCCCCUGCAGAACGAGCUCUGCCCUUCGGCGCCGAGGGCAACCUAUUUUGCCGUUACCUGUCAGAUUCCCGAUGAACGUGAAAACGCACCCGGAAAUGUUCUCGAGCCUACCAGAAGCAGGCACAUUUCUGCGCUAGUGGAGGACGCGCGCGUCGCGCAUGGCGAGCCCCCCCUGCGCUCAGAGGCCAAGCCGGCUCGCUUCAGGCACCUUCACCAGGAGAGUGAGCGUGUGGGGGAAACGGAGCACGGUGGCGGUGGCCCUGGGGUGCCCAGAGACAAGGCUGCCGACGGGUACAGGUCAAGCGUUGUGGAUGUUGAUGCGCUCAUGGCAGAGUACAAAGGGGAUGCGAAGAAGGCUUCUCUGCUUCAGGGCAGGAGAGAGGGCCGUGUUUCCGAAGACGGCUGCUUGGCUUCUCGGGAGAGACUGGCGUGCAGCAGGACUUCCACGGAGAAACUGCCUUGUGAGGUCAACCAGAGAGACUCGAAAAAGUCGGAUCCUUCCCCAGGAAGCGGCAGGCACGAGGUCCGUGCAGCAGAGAAGCCGGAGAGCUGCGGCCUGGGGCGGGCCCCCUUGAGGAGCAGCGAGAGUGCCUUCAGCCCGCCUCCCUGGGGGAGGCCACAGCGUGUGCCUGCAGAGCCAGCCGGCAGCAGGAAGAAAACGUUCAUUAUCGACGAAGGGGAAGGAGAGAGCUUGGUGCUGAAGCACCAGACCGAAAAGCGCGCUCGCAGCAACGCACACGUGUCCAGCCCCGGCUGUGUGGCUGUGGAACCCGAGGCCGGUGCAGCUCCCCCUGUCCCCCCCUCCCAGGCGCAUGUGGACGGAGCCCCGUGGAAGGGAGCGAGCCCCAGGCAGCGGGACGCCGCGUGGACUUGGGACGGCUGGUGCAGCGCCCCUAAUCUGAGUGAGGUGCAGACGAGGAGAGCCAGUGCACACAGGGGCGCUCUUGACCCGGGGUCCUGCACGGCCGAGAGCGGGACCGAAUGGCCCGCUGCUGUGCCAGGCUCGGCAAAUGCCCUGCCGGAGUUGAGGACUCUCUACUCGGAGAAGAUCCACCAGGCCAGAGCAAGGGACACGCUCCCUUCUGGGCUGGAAGCAAAAGAGAGGCGGGGCCAGAGCAGGGACUGUCCAGACGUCCCACCGGAGAGUGCAGAGCGCUGGCUGAGCGAGCGGAGCACAGCGCGACAUCACUGCCUCCCCCAGGAAGGGAAAAAGGAGGACCCUGGACAAGAAUGGGCCAAGGAGGAGCGGGACGGCUUGGGAGCCAGAAAUUCUCUUCAGGUGCCUGUGCAGCGGAGGAGUCGCAGUUUUUGCAGAGAUAAAAGAAAGGAUCACUGGAGCACGAACCAGCUGAGGCAGUGCUUCGGCAAGCCAGCCGCAGAGGCCCAGGACACCGACACGCUCGUGCAGGAGGCCGACAGCCAGUAUGGCACCUGGAGUGACCAGCGGCACAGCGGGGACAGCCUCGUGCCCGAGUCUCCUUCCCCGGAGAGCAGCGCGGCCCCGACACGCCGGCAGCCCUCCAGCAGCCGCCUCUCCUCGUUCUCCUCGCAAACUGACCCCGCCUCUGGCGCCGAUCAGCAGGACUCCUCCCGGGACCGGCGGAGCACCAGCCUGGACUGCUCGAGCACGGACGCCGACUCGGCAGACGGCAUUCACGCCCCAGCGGGGACCUCCGUGGACUUCUCCUUCCUAGACCAAACGUCUGUGCUGGACUCCAGCGCCUUGAAGACCCGGGUGCAGCUCAGCAAGAGGCGGCGCCAGCACCGCGCCCCCAUCUCCCACGCGCUCCGGCGGAGCUCCGGCCCUGACGACAAGCAGCGCCUGCACGUGACGGAGGAGGAGGCGGCGGACAGCGCCUGGAUGUUCAGGGACUCCACAGGAGGACAGUUGUCCAACAGAGAGGAGUCCGACGAGGAGGACGGCUCCCGCUCCACGGAGAGGUUGCCCGCCUGCCAGCUGCAGAGGCACCCGGUGUUCCCAGGGAUGGACCACUCGGCCCUCAAGGCCCAUCUCAGGAAGAGGCAGGACCUCGAGGGGACGGCCGCUGGCCUCCCCACUCCGCUGCCCAAGUCCCCGAAGUCCCCGGUCCCAGCUGGAGGGCUCUCCGGGGGACGAGUGCCGCUCCCCGGCACCGAGAAGGAGGAGAGGUCAGAAGAGCCGUCCCCACAGUGGCUGAAGGAGCUGAAGUCCAGGAAGCGGCAGAGCCAAUACGAGAACCAAGUGUGACGACCCAAGACGGAGGCCGUGCUGGCUCGGAAGAUGGUGUUGGACCUGCCGCCAGAAGAAGCCUUAACUCCCCCACAGCCCCACUCCCCGCUGCCGCCGCCUCCUGCCUCAGCUGCUCCGUGCACGGUGCCUUCCAGCCGCACUCCGCGCCAGACGCGGCGCUGGAGGAGAAGAGGGCCGUUCGUGGAUCCCCGGGAACAAGCCCCGCCAUCGGCUGGCCCCCGCAGGUGCCACCCGUGCCCGCGGGACCCUCGCCUCGCGGAGCCCGCCUGCCGCACGGCACGGCACGGCACGGCACGGCGGGUGCCCCUGGAACGGUGGCCUCCGGCUCCGGCGCGGGGCGGGAACCCUGCUCGGCGCUCGCUGCGAACAGAGAGGGACCUCGGAGGGAAGGGGCCGGUGUGCGAGAGCGGACCGCCACUGUCUGAGGAGAGGGUGCGAGAGAGACGGGGAAAGCAGGUGAUGUUUACUGCCAUAUUGCAAAGGAAAAUGGACUGAUUAUUUUAAGUAUAUUUUUGAUCAGCUGAGAUUUUCUUGGUGGAUCUGCUACUUGGCCAGAACAAUGUGUUGUCUGUCUGUCUGUCUGUCUGUCUGUCUGUCUGUCUGUCUGUCUGUCUGUCUGUCUUUUUCUUUCUUUCUUUCUUUCUUUCUUUCUUUCUUUCUUUCUUUCUUUCUUUCUGGUUUCUUCUUAAGGAGUGAAGGAGGUUUAUUGUGAAUGGCGGAUGUGUGCAUGUGUUUUGUCAGCACAUGGAGUGGUUGUUCCAUAAUGUGUGUCCCGCUGCCGGAAGGGGUCAAGCAAUAAAGUCAGACAGCCCUCUUCAAAAUAGCGGUAAAUCGUUGAAGAGGCUGGGUUUUUCCUGGGAGGAGUGGGAAGGAAGGCCGGGAAGGGGGAGUCUGAUCUUGCCGGCACCAGGAUGGCAUAGGCACCUUUGGGUCGUCUUGCUGGGUGUUUUAUUCGUCUUUCUGUACAUCCUGGAGACUGGGGCGCUCAUUCAGUUCAUAUUCAGCUGAUGGUUUCCAGACUUCCAGCAGUGGAAAUGCAGAUUUUUCCACAAAUGUUCAACUGGUCAGUAUCCAUAAGCGUGUCGAGGUUCUUUCUGUGGUCUCUGAGUGUCACUGGAAACAAAGAAGCUUUUCACCUGGCGUGGCCUGCGGAGGAUCCCCGGGCUCCUUGUUCUCCCGAAUGCGCCCAUGGGUGGUCUAAGUGUGUCGCAUUCUCGUGAAGUUGUCUCUCCCCCCCUUUUGCUUCCUCCCUCCCUCCCUCCCUCCAAAAACGCCUUUUUCUUUCGUUGCAUCCCUGCUUUUGGCCACCCUGGAAACACCUUUAUCAAAACAAAGAACAAGGGCUGCGUGGAUUCCUUACCUCUCUGUCGUUCUGUUUGGAGUCUAUAAUGUUUUUCUUUUCUUUAUGGCGCUUCCCAGCCCUUCCUCUCUGUGUCAGGAUCCCUCUUUGGACGGAGGCUUAUAUUCAGAAUAUUUCAUUAUUUACCCUUGUUUCGUAAGUGCCCUUCUCAGAUACGCUCUGUUUUCGGAGGUUUGAAGCUCACGUGCGACCAAGCAUGGGCCUGGUCUCCUGGCACCCACCCCUGCGCUGGGGUGGGUCGGGGUGGCGUGGGGGGCCGCCCUCCGUGGCUGGGCCCACCCUGCGCUUCUGCCAGUGCUGUGCCACGGGAGGUGCGCGCCUCCGGUCCAGCUGCUGGACCCCCCAGGAGCGCGCACAAGGC